AAGAAGAAGAAAGAAGUAGUUUGGGGUGGGCGGAGUGAAGCAGACAUUGUAUUUCGAGUUGUAGUUCUGAUGGGGGAGAUUUAAAUAUUUUCCUUGCUUUUUAAUACAGUGCCUUUCAAAACUUUUCGACAGCUAUACAUUUAGUGUGCAUAUAUGACGAAGAGGAGAGCGGAAGACGCCUUGUUCUGCGACGCUCCCUUGAAAAGAUGUGCUCGUUCGCUGUACAGGAUUGAUGCGCAGUCGCCAGGCAUGGCUGUAGCCUUUGGAGCUAACGUGAACCCAGCGUCGCUGCCCAGUUUGGCAGAGAGCUGCAGGAAGAGAGCGUUUUGUUCCGAUGAACAGGAAUUAACUGAAGUUGCGAGACCGCGAAAGAAGUCGACCACGGACCGUGAUAACCGAACUGCAGAGACGCACGUGUCAGGGAAAUACAACAUUGUUAGCUUAAAGCAUUCUGGAAGUUUCUUUGAAGAAGAGAACAAGCAAUCAGAGAUUUCUGUUUUAAAUUCACCUGGUAGUUUUUCAAAGAAAAGAAUGAGAGACGAUAGCGUCGGAUCUGAAAAUGUAUUACAACAGCCCGAUAAGGGGACGCUGACGGAUGAUGACCAUUGCACUUUUAAUUCAUUCCAGUACUGGAGGGUUCCUCUGCCCGAGGUAGACCUCUCUCUUCUGCAGACUAACGGUGACGCGGAAGAACUCUCUCAACAGCCUGUCAAAGACUCGUCGGUGUUGUCAGAAACCGACGCCAUGGAGACGUGAAGUCGAAUUUCUGGUUGUAGCCAAUAAAAGAUUUUGUAAAUGCAGAUGCUUUUAUGUAUUAGUUUUCUUUUUUUAAAAGAAAUAAUCCAGAAUUGCCGCUUUGGUAUUUAUGGUACCGUCACGCCUUACUUAAAUAGAUAGUUGAAGUAUGGGCGUUCAGUGGUAGCCAGUGUAUUUUCCCGUAUUAUGUAGUGACGUCUAUUUUACAUUCCAUUGUUGCCGAGCUUUUUUUCCACUUGAUUUCAGUGUUGGUUCAUUCCUGCAGCAUUACAUUUAUUUUACUGUUUUGUGUAGGAAACAUGUUACAUGCAGUAUAAUUUGCAGUUACUCUUACAUAAUGAGUGUACAAUGUGCUUUUGAGGAAUCUCAAUAAAUACGCCAUAUCAAUCUCA